AUGGCAUCGGCUCUUGUUGAAAAUGGUACCAAUGGCCAAAAGGAGAUUGUUCGUCCAGUCGCAAACUUCUCUCCCAGUUUGUGGGGCGAACAAUUUAUCAAUUUUUCUUUUGAUAUUGAGUUAGCAGAAAAAUAUGCCAAGGAGAUUGAAGGGUUGAAGAUUCAAGUGAGAGGCAUGCUGAAAACUCAGGGAAAAUAUAUGGUGGAGACGAUGAAUUUGAUCAACACACUUGAGCGAUUGGGCAUCUCAUAUCACUUUGAAGAUGAGAUUGAAGAACUAAUAGAACAUUUCUUUAAUCUCAACUCAGACUAUACAGAUGAGGCCUAUGAUUUGUAUACUGUUGCACUUCAUUUUCGUUUAUUCAGACAACAUGGCUAUCGUAUAUCUUGUGGUAUCUUUGAGAAAUUCAUAGAUGAGAAUGGGAAAUUUAAAGAGACCAUUAAGAGUGAUGCAAGAGGCUUGCUGAGCUUGUACGAAGCAGCAUAUUUAAGGGUGCACGGUGAAGAUAUAUUAGAAGAUGCCUUUGUAUAUACAACAGCUAACCUGAAAUCCAUGGCACCACAUCUAAGAUGUGGACUUGGAAAACAAGUAACUCAUGCCCUUGUGCAAUCCAUCCAUUUUGGGAACCCGAGAAUUGAGGCACGUAAUUUUAUCUCCGUCUACGAACAAGAUGAGUCAAAGGAUGAAUUGCUGCUGAGGUUUGCCAAAUUGGACUAUAAUUCAUUGCAAAUGCUGCAUAAACAAUGCAGGUGGUGGAAGGAGUUGGACCUUGUUUCUUUGCUUCCUUAUGCUAGAGAUAGAGUGGUGGAAUGUUUUUUCUGGGCCAUGGGUGUUUAUCAUGAACCUCAAUAUUCAGUUGCUAGAGUCAUGCUUACAAAAACUAUUGCAAUGACUUCAAUAAUAGAUGAUACGUAUGAUGCAUAUGGUAUAGUUGACGAAUUAGAAGUUUUUACGGAAGCCAUUCAGAGAUGGGAUAUUAGUGAAAUUGAUCGGCUUCCAGAAUAUAUCAAACCAUUUUAUAGUGCUCUUUUGAAUCUUUAUGAGCAAUUUGAUGAAGAAUUAUCCAAACAAGGAAGGUCUUAUGCAGUCUAUUAUGCAAAAGAAGCGUUGAAAGAACUUGUCAGGACUUACUAUGUGGAAGCCAAGUGGUUUAUUGAAGGAUACUUGCCACCAUUUUCUGAGUACAUGAACAAUGCCCUAAUUACAUGUACCUACUGUUAUCAUACAACUACAGCAUUGCUAGGGAUGAAUUCUGUCACCAAGGAGCAAUUUGAAUGGCUAAGCACUAAACCCAAAAUGCUUGUCGCUAGCCUUAAAAUAUGUCGACUCAUUGAUGAUAUUGCCACAUACGAGGUUGAGAAGGAAAGGGGCCAAAUUGCUACAGGAAUUGAAUCGACGGGGGAAAAGAUGAUAGGCUAUCUGGUUCUCUUUUUAUUCUUGAUCCACACAAAUGAAGCAAAAGGUGGCUUGGGGAAGCCACCACCACUUCCUUUAAAGAAAUGGAUGACUCUAAGUGGUGGUGAACCUCAGAUUGUAGCAAACGGCGGAUUCUCUGGACUUUUUCCAGCCUCCAGUAUCAUAGCAUAUGAGUUUGCUUUGUUUAAUAGCUUGCCUGGUACAAUCUUGCUCUGCGAUCUCCAAUUUACACGCGAUGGCCAAGGCUUUUGCGAGUCAGAAAUAGCUCUUCAAAAUACAACAAACGUCGAUGACAUUGAUCCAAAAGGACAAAAGACCUACAACGUAAACGGCCAAGAAAUUCAUGGAUGGUUUGGGUUGGAUUAUGACGCUGUUUAUGUUUUCAAUAACGUGACAUUGAACCAAAAUAUAUUCACCAGACCACCAUGGUGGGAUGGACAAGUGAUCAAUAUGCCUCAAGAUGUAGUUUUCAACUUUAAAACUUCACCAAGAUUUUGGAUAAAUGUUCAGUAUGACAGUUUCUACAAUCAACACAGAAUAAGUCCAGAAGAUUUUAUCCUUAGUGGCAUUGUUGAUACACAACCGGAGUUCAUUUCGUCCCCCGAGAUCGGUUUCUUGAAGAGCAUUGGACCGAAGGUUAAGCAGGCAAAAACAAAAAUAAUUUUCAAGUUUCUUGCAGCAGAUGUUGUAGAACCCACAACCAAAGAAAAAUACGGUUCACUAGCGACCAAGCUGCCGAUGAUAAAAUCAUUUGCAUCCGGGAUUGUUGUCCCACAACAAUAUAUAUGGCCUAGUAAUAAUGGGUAUUUGCAGGCUGCGCCAACAAAUCUAGUGCUUGUUGCUCACAAACUAGGGCUUGAAGUAUAUGCUGGUGUUUUUGCAAAUGACAACUACUUGAGUUACAAUUACAGCUAUGAUCCAACAAGAGAGUAUCUUCAGUAUAUUGAUAAUUCUCAGUUUUCGGUCGAUGGUGUGAUUACUGAUUUCCCUAUAACUGCUUCAGUAGCUAUCGGAUGCCUGUAUCAGAACAAGAAUGCUUCGAGGACAAUAAAAACUCUAAUAAUAUCGCACGAUGGAGCGAGUGGAGAUUUCCCUGGAUCCACUGAUCUUGCCUAUCAGAAAGCCAUAGAUGAUGGUGCUGAUAUAAUCGAUUGCUCUGUCCAAUUGUCAAAAGAUGGAGUCGCCUUCUGUUUACCUUCGCCAGAUCUUACGGAUUCAACCACUGCAGCUACGCUGUUCAUGGAUCAAGCUACAACGGUACCAGAAAUUCAACCAGACAAUGGGAUUUUCUCUUUUGAUCUCACCUGGACAGAAAUUCAAUCUCUAAAGCCUCAAAUUCAGAAUACUUUCCGAGACCUUAUUAGAAAUCCACAAAACAAGAAUAAGGGAAAGUUUAUGAUGCUUUCUGAGUUCUUGGAACUUGCUAAGACCAAGGCAGUAAGUGGAGUUCUAAUCAAUAUAGAGAAUGCCGCGUAUUUAGCAUCGAAUAAGAGUCUGGACAUAAUUGGAACAGUCUCAACAGCUCUAAGUAAUGCCUCGUUCGAUAAGCAAUCUACUCAGAAAGUUUUGAUUCAGUCUGAUGACAGUUCAGUGCUUUUAAAGUUCAAGGGUAUUCCAACUUAUCAGAGAGUGUUAGAAAUCAAAAAGGAUGUAAGUGGUACACCGGAUGAACUAGCGCAAGAAGUCAAGAAAUAUGCGGAUGCAAUUAACGUGAUAAGACGUUCUAUCAUUACAUCUACAGAUACAUUCUUUACCAAGAAUUUCACCAACAUUAUCCCAGCAAUGCAUGCUGCUAAUGUAUCAGUAUACGUUGGAAUUCUCAAGAAUGAAUUUGAAAACCUUCUCCUCGAUUAUUAUUCUGAUCCCUAUGUUGAGAUCGCCACUCUUGUUGAUGCUCACGUAGAUGGCCUCAUAACAGAUUUUCCAGCAACUGCAAAUUCAUAUAUGAGGUCUCCUUGUAAUAAUAAAGCAGCUUCGUACAAAAUAUCAGGAGUUAUUCCAGGUGAUAUGUAUGCAAGUGCAAAGCAAAAGGAUCAAGCACCAACAGCAGCACCAGAUCAAAACGGACCCGUCCUCACCAUCGAAGAUAUCGUCGAUCCACCAUUGCCUCCGGUCGCCAAGAUUUCUGCGACUGAUUCUGCAUCAAAUACAACCUCUCAUAGCUCAUCUCCUACUACUGCUCCUGGACCAAAAUCUUCAAACAGUUCAGCAACAGUAACUAAGGCAGUUACUACAACAAGUCAGGCAAAGAUGGCAUUGAAAAUGUUGAGGGAAAAUAGUGAGAGAUUUGACCUGGUAAUCAGUGAUGUGCAUAUGCCAGACAUGGAUGGUUUUAAGCUUUUGGAGCAUGUUGGUCUUGAAAUGGACCUGCCUGUCAUUAUGUUGUCAGCAAAUAGUGAUACAAAACUUGUGAUGAAAGGGAUUACUCACGGUGCCUGUGAUUAUUUGGUGAAACCUGUCCGAUUUGAAGAGCUGAGAAAUAUAUGGCAACAUGUAAUCAGGAGAAAAAAGCCCAAUUCCAAUUCCCAAAACAAAUCCACUAUUCAAGACAAGGCUAAUCAAGCAAGUGGAGGAGGUACUGGGACUUCAAAUGUAGGUAAUCCAGAUCAGAAUGGAAAACAUAAUAGAAAGAGGAAAGAUGAUGAAGAUGAGAGUGAUGAUAACGGACAUGAAAAUGAAGACCCUGCGACACAGAAGAAGCCACGGGUGGUAUGGUCUAUUGAGCUUCAUAGGAAGUUUGUUGCAGCUGUGAAUCAACUGGGCAUUGAAAAAGCUGUCCCUAAAAGGAUCCUUGACCUGAUGAAUGUUGAAGGGCUUACCCGGGAAAAUGUGGCAAGCCAUCUUCAGAAGUAUAGGCUUUACCUGAAAAGGAUCAGUUCAGUUGCAACCCAACAAGCGAACAUGGCUGCAGCACUAGGGAUUAAGGAUUCUCCUUUUAUGUGUAUGAGUUCGCUUGAUGGGCUUGGAGAUUUUCGAACCUUGGCUGGAUCAGGAAGAUUUUCAAAUGCUGCGUUAUCUCCUUAUACAACAAGACUAAAUAGUCCUGCUGGUGUGAACCUUCGAAGCCUUACUCCGACACUAAUGCAACCAAAUCUUGCUCAAAACUUCAGCAACUCCAACAGCGCUCUUGGGAAAAUUCAGCCAGCCAUUUCAGCUGCAAACCAAAAUGCAAGUUUAUUUCAAGAAAUUCCUUCGUCAUUGGAAUUGAGUCAGUUACAUAGUGGAUGCACCAUGGGCAUUGGGAGUUUCAGUUCUAUGAAUGACUCUAGAAUGCUAACAGCUUCCAGUACAUUCAAAGACCCCAGAGCUGCGUUUGGUAGCUCAAGCAACUCUUUAAUCCCUGCUCCAAAUAAUCCUAUGGUGCAACAUGGGGACUCCCAACUAACAUUGAAUGGGGGAGAAUUUGGAAAUCGGUCUUCUCUCAACGUAGUUUCUUAUAAUGCCGAACCAUAUAACAUUGGUGUCAGUGUUUCCUCCAAUUUUCUGGAUAAUGGUAAAUGUAAUGAGAACUGGCAGAAUACCACUCAAUUACCUAAUUUGCAGUCAAAUUCGUUGCCUUCUACUGAUCCUUUUCAGAGUCAGAUGGCUCUUAAUAGUGUGAGAGAUAAUAAUUCUUCGAAUGGUCCUCAAUUACAGCACAACGCCCUUGAUAUUUCUUCCACCACCAUGGUUUCAGCAUCUCUCAAAGAUUCAAGAGAAGAGGUUCAAUGUCAAGAAGGUUUGGUUGGCAAUGUUCUUCAUAACAUGAGCCAAGCACCAAUUCAGAGGUGGGGAGAACAAAAACAGAAUUAUAGCCACAACUCAAAUAGUGCAUUUGGUUCCUUUAACUCCCAUAUUCCUUCCAAUAGUAUUGGAUCUCCCUUGGGCCAGGGUUUUGACCAGAAUAAUGGAAUCUUCAAUGGAAAGAUGGACAUGUUCUUAAGUGGCCAAUCAAAUGAAGGUGCUAUAACUCUCAUGCAGCAGAAUGAGAUUGAAAAUUCAACUACUGAGUCAAGAAUGAGAUCCAAUGGAAACUUUCUUUUGGAGCAAACGAAGCUGCAAGGUGGUUUUGUUCCCCAAAGUUAUCAUUCCUUGGAUGAUUUAAUGAAUGUAAUGAUCAAACGGGAACAAGAUGGAAUCAUGACCCUUCGAAUUUUUUUCAGGGACGGGGUUGAGGUUACCGAAUCAGUUUUUCUUUUAGGAUCUUUGGAAGUAACCGGUGGAGGAUCCCCCACCGACCCACGUGGCACGAACUGUGCUGCGUUUUGCUGUGCAACAAUAAAAGCACUUAUGAAGCUCCAAUGGAGAAGGGAGAAAAAAUAUCUCAGAGCAUCGGAGAAUCGCGAGAUCAAUAUGGCCACAGGAGCUGCCGGAGACGGAUUGCUCUGGGGUGUAUUCGAAGGAUGUAUUUCUGGUGGCGAUAUGGAAAUCCAGCGGCGACCGUAUCAUAAGAAUUGUAACUGUGCAUUACAUAAAUCGCGCGGGCGUUGCUCGCAUCCACCGAAGAAUUCGCAAGUGUCAUAUCCGGUGAGGCGAUCGUGGAGCGAAAGUUGCUUAGCAUUGAUGGCCGCCUCUGGCUAUGGGCAUUCACCGUCUGUUUCUUCACCGGCCAUGGGUGCCGGAGAGAUUCCGAGGACGAAAUCGCAAUUGGCGUUGUCAAAUCUAGAGCAGGAGAAAAGUUCUAGUAAGAUUUGA